AAGGAUUGCUUUAACAUCGUUUUGCUUUUAUCAUACUUAGAAAGGAUUCGAACCCAAAUAUUUUUUUUCUCAAGGGUUUGAGUCCAUUUCUUGAAUUUUUAUCUGCAUUUUGAGUAUCUUUUUCCCUAAUACACAUCGCAAAUUUGCUGAAUUUCUUCAAUCCUACUGAAGAAGAUUGGAGAAACAAAUGCACGAUUUUGAGUAAAAGAAAACAUCUUCUUUAGUAGCAUUUAGAAGAAGAAUGGCCGCAAAGGUGAAAGGCUUUUUAAAGGCCUUGGGUAUUUCUCAGAUGUUUGAGGAAAAAGAACCAGAAAUGCAGAUUGGACUUCCUACUGAUGUAAAACAUGUCGCCCAUAUUGGAUGGGAUGGACCAUCCAUUGAAUCUCCCAGCUGGAUGAAAGAAUUUAAAGAACCAGGGAAAUUUCAUACAGCCCCUUUGGGUCCUCCACUUGAUGCUAAUGAUCAUCCAGAUAAUAGAUCAUGUGCUUCUGAAGAUGCAGAUGCGAACCAAAAGUACAAGAAUGCAAAUUCUUCAUUACCCGACGAUCAACCAGAAGUGACAAAGACAUCAAGGCGUCAUUCGUCAUCAGAAAAUGGGAGUGGGGGUAGUAGUUCUCCAAAGAAAGCCAGGAGCACUAGGCGACAUAAAGAGUCGUCUGAUGGUACAAAAACAAGUCGACAUAGCCGGCCUGGAUCAGGUGGUGGCUCUGAUUCUCCAGCAAGGGACCUUCCGGACAUACCUAAAAAGACAAGAAGGAAGAAAUCCAAGGAGGAUGGUGGAGUGAGCUCCGGGAGCUCAUCCCGGACCUCUAAAUCAAAAGGCAUAUCAUCCUCUAGUACAACACCAAUGGAUCCUGGACAAGACACAGAAUAUGACAAUUCCAUUUUAAGUUCAAGAAACAAUGAGAUAGAUAAAGAGUAGUGAGCAAAACAACAACUUAACAUGGACUCAAAAUCAGUCAAUUUUUUUGUGUAGUCAAGUAAAAAAAAUGGGCACCUGUUUUGAUA